AUGCUGCAAAAAUGGCGCCCCUCUGGGACCUCCUCUGUCGGGAUUAUUUAUCUUCUCACCAACGCAAUAGGAAAGAAGCAGAAAGCUGAAUAUAUCAACAAGUGCCAUCUGAGCCAAGAGCAAAGCCGGGUGAUGGGGAAUAUGGUGCGCGCCAUUAUCACCGGGGACAAGGGAGACACUUGGCAGGACAACUGUGAUGAAAAGGCUGAAAAAGGUCUAGAAGAUGAGACACUAGUGGUGAUCAAUGAUUACCCACCGGCCACAAUCACAGAGCCUUCUUUUAGAUUGGGAGAGAAACUACGAGUCAUUAAAAAACAUGUAUAUUGGUGGAAAGUGCGCUCGAUGAAAACGGGAAAGGUUGACUUCAUACCUGAUAUGCACGUGGCCAAAAUAUACCAUGGGUGGCUGUUUGAGGGCGUGGAGCGACAGAAGGCGGAGGAGCUGCUGCUGUUGCCCGUGAACGGUGUGGGCUCCUUCAUGGUCCGCCAGAGCUCUACAGAAAGAGGUGUGUACUCUCUGUCCGUGAAGCACAGGAACAUUAAGCACUAUCGCAUCUACAGACUGGACAACAGCUGGUAUUACAUUUCCCCUCGCUUGACCUUCCAGUGCCUCGAAGAUAUGAUCCACCACUACUCCGAUUGUGCAGAUGGGCUGUGCUGCAUGUUGACCACUCCAUGUCUCUCUCCGGCGGCUCCGGCACAGACAGACAGCACCACCACAGCCCUGCCGGUCAUCAUGCGCCGCAACUUUGACUGGGAUAAAGUGGACAGGACGGAACUUGUGAGCCCUGAGAGCGUCAGCGACAACAUGGUGAGCUACGGAGUGAGAAACAGCAUCGCCGCACACCUCUUCUUCUCCCAGGAGCCCACCACGAGAGUCGACAGGAAGAAGAGGAGCAAAACAGUAUACGGCGCCCCACAAAAUACAGACUACAUGGACAACUUCUAG